CUACAAUUGUUGCAAUUAUUGCUUACGUCUUAUACAAGUUUUAUAUUUAUCCUUUAUAUUUGUCACCAUUGCGUAAAAUUCCUGGUCCACCAGUUGAUAAUUUUAUUCUUGGAAAUCAUGCUUCUCCUCCUUUUUUAAAUAAACAGCUAGGUGAAGCUUUUGUUCACUUAGUAAAACAAUAUGGUGGGAUUGUUAGGUUUCAUAGCUUAUUAAAUGAACCGAAUCUAUUAAUUUCCGAUCAAAAGCUUAUUCAACAAGUACUGUUAUCUUAUGAUUAUCCAAAGUUUCACAUGAGCAAAACUAUUGUUAAGGAAAUUUUCGGAGAAGGUAUUGUAAUUGCUGAAGGAAAUUCUCAUAAACGACAAAGAAAAGUGAUGACCCCUUCAUUUGCUUUUGCUAAUGUUAAGGAAAUGGCACCAACAUUCGUUCAAGCUGGCCAUAAGUUAAAAGAUAUCUGGAUAAAACAAAUUGGUAAUAAGGUAGAAGAAAGAAUUACAAUUACAGAAUUAAUUCCAAAGAUAACUUUAGAUAUUAUUGGUCUCGUUGGGUUCAAUUACGAAUUCAAUUCUACUACUUCAGGAUCUGAAUUAUCUCAAGCAUACACAUCAAUAAUUGGUCAAAAUUAUUCACCUUUAUACCUUUCUCUUAUUAGGUUCUUUCCGUUUAUAAGAAAAUUACCAACCUCUUAUAAUAAACAAUAUUUUAAAUCUAUUAAAAUCAUCGCUAAUAUUUCCGAGAAAAUAUUUGCUGAACAAAAAAAUAGUCCUGUUCAAGGAACAGAUUUAUUGUCCUUAAUAACAAAGGCAAAUGAUAGCUUGCCAGUUAAUGAUCAAUUAACUCAUAAAGAGUUAAUUAGUCAGGUUAUGACAAUAAUUAUUGCUGGACAUGAGACCACUAGUAAUGCACUAUCUUUGACAUUAUACUUCCUCGCAAAAGAUCCUGAUACUCAGGAUCGUCUUCGUAAAGAAGUGUCUGAUGUAUUAACUGAUCGUAAUUAUUAUCCGACUGUUGAUGAGAUUGAACAUUUGAAAUACUUAGAAUGUGUCUUUAAAGAAGCUAUAAGGCUUAUUCCACCUGCGUCUGCAGUCCUUCGUUAUACCUCAAAAGAUGAAAUAAUGAAUGGUUACCUUGUUACAAAGGAUACUCCAUUAUGGAUUCCUAUCUACGCAAUUCAUCAUGAUCCCUUAAUUUGGGGAGAUGAUGCUGAAGAUUUUAACCCAUCUCGGUGGCUUGAUCCUGAAGUGAAAUCAAAAAUAACACAUACUAAUUUCUUACCUUUUGGUGCUGGCCCAAAAAGUUGUUUAGGUAUGAAAAUGGCUUAUUUGGAAUUUAAAUGUCUUUUAUCUGUGAUUAUUAGAAAUUUUGAGUUUAGAUUGGUUGAAGGUUAUACCUUUAAAACUAAAAUUGGUGGUGGUUUAUCAAGACCUCUUCCUGGUAUUGAUUUAUGGGUUUCAAAU